AUGAGUAUCUUUAAGGAUGCUGUUCGCUUUGUUACAGAACAUGUCGUUGGUAUUCCUUCUAUUCAUGAAGAUCAAACUUCAAGUGAAGCAGAGAGUUUUUUCAGGCAUGGAUCUUCGUCGCAGGUCAGAGAAAAUGUAAAAGUAAAAUGGUACAUCGACGGAAGGAACUAUUUCUAUGCUGUCUCAGAGGCCCUCAUGGCUGCCAAAGAGGAAAUUUUUAUUGAAAGUUGGCUUCUCAAUCCAGAAUUACAUUUUCGAAGACCUCCUGAUUAUGAGUAUCGUCUCGAUGCGCUUCUUAAGAAGAAGGCUGAAGCGGGAAUCAAGAUUUAUCUCGUGAUUUACAAUGGAUCCCUUCUUUUAGAUUUAAAUUCUAAACGUAGUAAAAAUCUAUUGCGCAAGUUGCAUAAAAACAUCUAUGUUCAAAGGCACCCCAAAGAUGACUUCUUUCACUGGGCGGUAACUGCGUUUACAGAAUAUGCACGAAAUUUUAUUGAAAAAUGGAACCAUAUUAAGAAAUUAUAUGAUAAAAAAGAAGAAUUCCCAUCGUUAGUCUUUAAUAAAAAUCAAUGCCAAUAUAAAUUUGAGGAUGGCGCGCAAACGAAAAGAAGUGGUUCAUGCUCUGUUCAAAUAUUGAGAAGCAGUUCUACAUGGAGCCAUGGAAUUCCCGAAUCAGAGCGUUCGAUUCAAGAUGCUUAUAUUGACACAAUUAAGAAAGCGAAAUAUUUUGUAUACAUUGAGAAUCAAUUCUUUACAACAAAAGAAACCGAAGAUUACCAGAUCAAAAAUCUUAUCGGAAAGGCAAUCGUCGAAAGAGUUGUUCAGGCCUACAAGAACGAUGAAAAAUUCAGGAUUAUCAUCACUCUGCAGUUAAUUCCAGCCGCUUCUGAUGAAAUUAAAAAAUAUACAUAUGAGAACAUGCUUACGAAGUACUAUCAGUCAAUUUGCCGCAACAAAAAUUCUAUAAUAAACCGAAUCAAAAAGGCUGGAUGUGAUACCCCCGAAAGAUAUAUCAGCUUCUACACACUUCGAGCGCAUAACGAAACUGGCACCUGCACUACAGAGGUUUCAAUCCAAUCUAAACUUUUGAUUGUAGAUGAUAGAAUUGUCAUAAUCGGAUCGGCCAAUUUAAUGGAUCGAUCGUUGAAUGGAGAUCGCGACUCCGAAGUCGCCGCCAUUAUCGAAGAUAGAAGUUACAUAGAAUCAAAAAUGGAUGGCAUGAAAUGGGAAGCAGGAAAAUUUUCUGCGACACUUCGUCGCGAAAUUUUCAAGGAACACCUUGGAUUGAAAAUUGAAGAUGAUCAUGGAACAUCAAACUAUGAUUCCCUCCCGUCUUCAAUUGAAGAAGAUAAUUUCAAUCUUAAAAAGCUCAGUUAUGCGGAUCGAAUUGUAGAAGAUCCUGCCUCCGACGAGUUUUACUAUGAUUAUUGGCUACGCAUUGCCAAUACCAAUACCACCAUCUUCCGUAAAAUUUUUCGUUGUGUUCCUGAUAAUUCUGUCACCGAUUGGGAUGAAUUUGAUGCUUUUUUCUCCGGCGGCAAUUCAAGCGUUUUAGAGAAAGAACCCAUGAACGGGUUGUCUAGGAUCAGAGGUCAUUUGGUUGUUUUCCCACUGAAUUUUAUGGAAAAUGAGGAUUUAACAUCCUACAAAACUUCCAGGAACAUACCUGUUUAUUUUCUUAUUUGA